GGCGGAGUCGGCCGGGAUGAGUGGCGGAGGGGAAGAGACCCCUGUGGGUUGUGAGGUCCCCCCGGGCGGCGGCGGCAAGAAGCGGGACUCGCUGGGGACGGCGGGCUCCGCGCAUCUCAUUAUCAAGGAUCUUGGAGAAAUUCAUUCAAGACUUUUGGAUCACAGACCCGUUAUUCAAGGAGAAACUCGUUAUUUUGUAAAAGAAUUUGAAGAAAAACGCGGUCUUCGAGAAAUGCGAGUUCUUGAAAAUCUGAAGAAUAUGAUCCACGAAACAAAUGAACACACUCUCCCCAAAUGUAGAGAAACUAUGCAGGACAACUUACAGCAAGUCCUCCAGAGAUUGCAAGCGGCUAAUGACUCAGUCUGUAGACUCCAACGGAGAGAACAAGAACGAAGAAAGAUGUAUAAUGACCGCUUGGUAGCUAACGAGAAGCGGCACAGCCUCCAGUGGGAAGAGUUCAUGAAGGGGCAGCCCCAGAAGCGGGCAGCAGUGGACGAAGAGCACAGAAAGGCGGUGGCCAGGCUGAGGGAGCAGUAUGCCGAGAUGCAGAAGGACCUCGCCAAGUUUUCAACCUUUUAAGGAGCUGAGCCACAGCAGUGGCAGACGACGAGGAAACAUUGACUCCCCCAGACACUCCCACCCAGCCACCUCACCUCUGCUUCCAGCCUAGCGGUACACACUCGUCCAUCAGAAGAAGGGAGCUCCUGGGGUCCUGAUUGGAUGUUCCACAGAGUGCUACAUCUUUCUGGUUUUAAGUGCCUAUAUCCGAUUAUUGGAAAGGGAAGGAGUAGGAGAAAAAAAUGGGAUAAUUUUACUUUUUUGUUAAUCAGAAUUGACCCUUUUUCCCCAUUGAUUGUCUCAGAGAACUGUGGGUAUAGAUUAGGAAGAUACUUUAGUUCAUUCUUAUACAGAAUUAAUUGUGGUUUAUUAUUGUGGUUUAGAAGACAAGAAUAAGAGCUACCUGUUGUAGCCCACCGGCUAUUAGAAGAAUGCAUUAAGUGUUGUUCCAUGAGAAAUUUAGACAAAAGUCAGCUGGCCUUGGAGCACAGAUCACGUUUAAGAGAAGUGGAGAUCCCAGCAUUGUCUUCACGGCGGCCGAGUUGGCCGUGCACUGCCAGCUGGGAGAGGUUGCGAAUUUGCAGUGCAGCCGAACGCCAUGUUUCAUUGGAUAACAAAGCACACGUGUUAAGUCUUGGAGCCUUCCAGCACUUAAUAUUCUCAGCUUUUAAAACAUGCUUAGGAGGAAAAGCUUACCAGAAAUGUAUUUGGACCUUUUUUGAGCCUUUCCAAGAACCAUGAUCUUGCCCAUGGUAUUUACCUCAUUUUUGUGUCUGUCUGCUGUGGGUGAGCUUUAUUUUUAAGAUACUGAUGUCUGCACCUGUUUCAGCUGUUGAAUGAGUAUUCUGCAGAACUUGCCAAGGAACCCCUCUGGAAGGAUUUGGGCUCUUUAUGAACCAGAAGUGUUUGCUCACAUGGCAAAUGACCCACAUGACAUGUAAAUCCUCUUCAGUGUUAACAUCUGUCCUUACAAGCAAGUGUAUUAUGGUGAAACAUGUACCAAUUCUGUCACCACUGUGGUGGUUGGAAAUUUGCAUUUAACAACCUAAUCGAGAAAGUAAGUUUUUUUUUUUUUUAUUUGCCAUAGGCCAUGCAAAAGUUCAAGGCAGUAAUGUCAGAUUUAUGGCAAAUGUGGGUAAGCAAGCCUUUUGAAUACUUUGUGUUGCUCUUCAGUAGAGAAAGGCAGGAGGAAGAAAACAUCCAAGUCUGUCGUGUUAUCUCAGCGUUGCAACUGUGGAACACUGACAGUGCUUGCUGUGUAAAUUUAUGGCUUACUGUCAAAGCUCCAUUCUUGGCUGCAUGGUGAAAAUGUAAUUAAAGUUAAUAGAGGAGAUGAAAUAAGUAUUUGAGAUUUCUUUCAGUAACACUGAACGUCUGCCAACUCUCUGUGUCCGCUACUGUGGGCUUGACAGGUUCAUCAAUCAUCCUCUGGUACCUGGACCAGAAAGAGCACUUGCUGACACCAAGGCAUGUUGGAAUGUUCUUAAUUCUCUUUCAGUGGCUGGAAAAAAAAUACUUCCAAAAAUAUCCCACACGUGAAAAGGGAGGGGAAUCUUAAAUGAAAAUCCCUUUGUGUCACAGCACUUUCUGGAAUGCUACGAAUUGCCAACACACCGUUGAACAGAUGCUGUAACCGAGGGAGCAGGGUUCUGUGGACGAGCAGGACUGUGCCCUACCUGUGCUUACCCACCUUGUGCAGCACAGAUUCCGGAGAGUUUUUGUUCAUCUCCUACAAAUAAUGAAUACCUUAUGCAUUUGUAUAUAGUACAUAAAUAUCCGAGGGACUUCCUAAACCAAAGUGAAUGGACAGGCUUUUGUGUGUUAAACAUUAAGAUACUCAGGUCUGUCUUUGUAACUUUGUAGCUAAUCAACAUAGCUUCUAAGAGUUGAUUUACCUUCCUUUUGAUAUUUUAAAAUAUUUUUAGAAUUUAUUUUGAGAGACCACACCCCCCCCCCCAACCCCGGUCCACCACUGCUUCAGUCCCAAAAUGCCCUCAACAGGAACAGGGAACCCAAUCCAGCUGUCCCUGUUGGGGGAGGGGGAGCAGGAACCCAGGGACUGGAAUCUCAGCACCCCUUCCUCCUCGAGUCAGGAACUAGAAUCAAACCCAGAUACUCUGAUGUGGACAUGGGCAUCGUAACCAGCCUUGUGACUGCCAGGCCAAAUGCCCUCCCUCAUUUUGGUAUUUUUACUGGUAAGUAUUUUUGUUUGCCCAUUUCAAAGUCAUUUUGUUAUUUAGGUAUAAAAAUUGAUUUUAAUAAGUAUAUACUUCAGGAUUUCUUCUGUUUGUGUCAUUGAGCACAGGACCGAUUGUUGUCAUGGUCAAAUGCAAUAAUGUUUUGUAAUUUUACAAAAGUUAAAAUUUAUUAAAACUUUGAAGUAUUUUUGGAGACAGGCGUCUGGCCUAGUAGUUGAUACCAGUUGAGAAUUCUCUAUCCCAUAUCACAGGGCCUGGGUUCAAGGCUCAGCUCCACUCCCAGUUCCCACUUCCUGCUAACGCACGCGCUGGGAGGCAGCGUUUAGUCCUUGCCUCCCACUCGGGAGACCCAGCCUGAGUUCCUGACUCCAUUUCAGCCUGGCCCUGCCUUUGAGGAGUGAACCAGUGUCUCUUUCUCUCCCUU